UGAUGAGGACGAGGAUGAGGAGAUGACAGAGGAUGGGGAGCAUGAACUGAAGGCUGAGGAUGUGAAGAAGGAAGACCCGAUGGGGGAGCUGCCGAAUGGGCUGGUGAAUGGGAUUAAGCAUUGAAGUGUGCAGAUGGUAGAGCCCGAGGUGGAAAUGGAGGUGCAGAAACGGGAGAGGGAGGAGAAGUCUGACACAAGAGAUGCAAUACGCUCGAAAGUUCACUUUGGCGAGGAAGAGAGGCGGAGGCGCCUACGAAGGCACCUACAAAGGCACGGUCCACCGUCCUUAUCAGCGCCACGAGGGCCAGGUCCAAAAGGCGAAAGCCUUCGAUUCAGUGGAAUUUGUUCUUCUUUCCUUAACCUCCAGCUUUUGCUUGGCUUUUCUAUUAUUGACGGCGUUCUGGUUCUAAAAACACAGUACACUUGAGGGCAUGUGCUUGGUAAUAAUUUUGGACAUUGUUGCUAUCUUGGAUCAAAAUGUCA